CCUGUUGAACAGGAGCCGGACAUCGUCCAUUUUCUUCACUCUGCACAGCUCAGUGCCGCCGGUCACAGCGAAGGGACGUGUCCGCAUUUACGCUCAACAUGCUGUCAGUUCGGGUCGCCGCGGCUGUCGUCCGCACUCUUCCAAGACGCUCUGGAAUCAUAUUCAAAAAUGUUGCGGCCGCUUCUGUUUGUGCCAAGAACCUUCACACCAACCGACCAUGGCUGCAGAAAACUGGCACUGCUGAGGUAUCUUCCAUCCUGGAAGAGAAGAUCAUGGGUGCGGACACAACUGCUAACCUUGAAGAGACCGGCCGUGUCCUGUCCAUCGGUGAUGGUAUUGCCAGAGUGUACGGGCUCAGGAAUGUGCAGGCCGAGGAGAUGGUGGAGUUCUCUUCUGGCUUGAAGGGUAUGUCCCUGAACUUGGAGCCAGAUAACGUUGGUGUCGUGGUGUUUGGUAACGACAAACUCAUUAAGGAGGGUGACAUUGUAAAGAGAACUGGCGCCAUUGUGGACGUUCCUGUCGGCGAUGAGCUUUUGGGUCGUGUUGUGGAUGCUCUGGGAAAUGCUAUUGAUGGGAAGGGACCUUUGGGGUCCAAAACCCGUAGGAGGGUAGGGCUUAAAGCCCCUGGCAUCAUCCCCAGGAUCUCUGUGCGUGAGCCCAUGCAGACGGGAAUCAAAGCCGUCGAUAGCCUUGUGCCCAUUGGGCGUGGUCAGCGCGAGUUGAUUAUUGGUGACAGGCAGACCGGCAAAACUGCCAUCGCUAUUGAUACAAUCAUCAACCAGAAGAGAUUCAAUGAUGGGACUGACGAAAAGAAGAAGCUGUAUUGCAUCUAUGUCGCUAUUGGCCAGAAGAGAUCUACUGUGGCCCAACUGGUCAAGAGGCUGACUGAUGCUGAUGCCAUGAAGUAUACCAUUGUGGUAUCCGCCACUGCUUCUGAUGCUGCCCCCCUACAGUACCUGGCCCCUUACUCUGGCUGUUCCAUGGGAGAGUAUUUCAGAGACAAUGGCAAGCAUGCUCUUAUCAUCUAUGAUGACUUGUCCAAGCAGGCUGUUGCUUAUCGUCAGAUGUCCUUGUUGCUCCGCCGGCCCCCUGGCCGUGAGGCCUACCCCGGUGACGUGUUCUACCUGCACUCCCGUCUGCUUGAGAGGGCAGCCAAGAUGAAUGACAACUUUGGUGGCGGCUCCCUGACUGCACUGCCUGUCAUUGAGACCCAGGCCGGUGACGUGUCUGCCUACAUUCCUACUAACGUCAUCUCCAUCACGGAUGGUCAGAUCUUCUUGGAAACCGAGUUGUUCUACAAGGGUAUCCGUCCUGCCAUCAAUGUAGGUCUGUCUGUGUCCCGUGUGGGAUCAGCUGCCCAGACCAGGGCUAUGAAGCAGGUGGCUGGUACCAUGAAGCUGGAGUUGGCCCAGUAUCGUGAGGUGGCUGCCUUCGCUCAGUUUGGCUCUGAUCUGGAUGCCGCCACCCAGCAGCUGCUGAACCGUGGAGUGCGUCUUACUGAGCUGCUGAAGCAGGGCCAGUACUCUCCCAUGGCUAUUGAGGAACAGGUUACGGUCAUCUACGCCGGUGUCCGAGGCCAUCUUGACAAGUUGGAGCCCAGCAAGAUCACGAAGUUCGAGAAGGCUUUCCUGCAGCACGUUCUUAGCCAGCACCAAGACCUGCUGGCCACUAUCAGGGCCGACGGCAAGAUCUCAGAGGCAGCAGAUGCGAAGCUGAAGGAAGUUGUGUUGAAUUUCCUGUCCAGCUUCGAUGCUUAAAAUUGCGUGGGUUUUUUCAGUGACCGUCUUGUCAAUGUUUGAAAAGUGCUUCAGUUAGCUUUAUAUGAACCUUAAUGAUUGCGGCACUUCAUCUUCAAUGUACAGAUCUCCAAACAGAGAAUAAAAUGUUAACUCCGGAA